GUAUUUUAUUCUCUCUCCGUAGGAAUACAAAAUUGCGAGUACGCUACUGAAUUUCAAUGCAAUUAAAGAAUCCUACGGUACGGUACUGCAUCUCUAGUAUGUAUCUGAAAUGAACAACAACAGCAUGGUUUAUAGCUUUCUAUGCUUAGCCGCCUUUCUACUUUCAUCCGUAACAGCCUUAGCAACGCCGCCGUUCCAAUUCAUUAGAGCAUCUUGCGACUCAACGACGCCUUACCCUAAGCUAUGUUACACCUCUCUUUCACCCUAUGCGGCUGCCAUUGGGGCAGAUCCCCACAUUUUAGUCCGCGCCGCUCUAUCGGCCGCCCUCAAAAGUGGCCGAUCCACCUCCGCCGCCGCAGACAAGGCAGCGCCGUCCCUCCCCCAUCAGUUGCGUGAUUGUGUGCCGGGCCUGCACCGCGCCGUCCACCGAAUGAAAAGGUCACUGGGCGAAAUCAAGAAGAAGAAGAAAAAGAUCCGACACGUGGAGGCCUUAAUUAGAGGCGCGGUUAAGGAGUACGACGCCUGUAAUGAUGCGUUUCAGGAAUUAGGUUUGAAUGGUUCCACGACGAUUAGUCCACAGAUCUCAUUGGCUCCAAAUCUUACUCUCAACGCACUUGCUUUCACCGCCCAUUUCUACGCAAAGGUGAAGUGUGGUGAAGGAAGGAAAAAGAUCGAGUUCCUUAGAGCAUCAUGUGAUGGAAUGUACAAUAUCUAUCCCGAUCUAUGUUAUGCCACCCUAUUGAGCUAUGCAUGUGCCAAUGAGCCCGACCGAGAGCGUCUAGCUAAGAAGGGUGUAUCGAUCCUUCGCCGAAGCACCGAAUCGGCGGCCCGGGCUUUGCGAAAGAUCGGUGGAAGAGAUGCCUAUAACAUGAGUACCUUGGUGGGUGUUUUUCUGCAUUUAUCAAACUUCUCCCUCCAAAACAUCGACACAGCUUUGAAAUAUUGGGAGAAAUUGCACCUGUUAAAGGGCUCUGAUUUGAGCUACCAGCUUCUUCUAAUUGAGAGUUUGCUCGAUGGUGUGGAUACCGACUACACAUGGAUGAGCUUUGAAUUGGAUAACCAAGGUAAGGAGAGAUACCGCAACAAGGUGGACAUUGCUUUGACAAAAGUAAUUCACGAAUUUGAUCCUUAUGCUCGCAUCGCAUUGAAUUUGUUCUAUAAGUUUGAAUCCCAAGUGUCUUCCUAGCUAGUUUUAAAGCGUCAAAUGCAUACUACUUUAACUAUUGGUAAUGUUGCAUUUUGAUAUUUAACUCUUAAACGAAUCAAAACGGUACCUUAACUAUAUAUAAAUGUUUCAAUUUGAGAUUUAAUUCAAAUUUCCGACCAAAAAAUCCUUCAUGAUGAUCAAAAUUUCAUGUGUAGAGUCACCCUAUAUGGACAAAACUAAGGUGAAGUAGACUUUACGCAUAGAAUUCUGGCCAUCACGCGUGAUUUUUUGGUCGGAAAUUUGAAUAAUCUCAAUUCAAAACAUUUAUGUAUAAUUAAGGUUCCAUUUUGAUUCAUUUAAGAGUUAAGCUACCAAAAUGGAACAUUAUCGAUAGUUAAGGUAUCAUUCAUGGAUUUGAUCCAAAAGAAAAUAUACACACACCCUCGCUCUCGAUUCAGAAGCCAGCUAAUUACAAUUCAUAAAUUAUGUUCACUUUUAGUUUAAAUUAAUACUAAGUGUAACGGUGAACAUCUCAGCCAAAACUUUGAUGCUAAAUUUCUUUACAUGAAUCAAGUUUCAAUGCCUAAUUUCCUC